AUGGGAAAUUGUUGCUGUUCAAAUAAUUGUAAUGAUGUUAACAUACCAUUAUCAUCCACUACACCUACUACACCUACUAACCAAAAUAAUCCGAUAAAUACGGCAAAUUCUGAUGAUCUGAUUGAAUUUAUAUUAUCUAACAAUAAUGACGAGUACCCAUUGCCUAAUGAUAAAAAGUUGAAUGAGAUUGACCCAUUGGAAUUGCCGCAUUAUUUAAAUCGGCAAAUAUGGAAUGCCAAUUUUACAUCUCCAAUACACAUGUCUUUGUCAAAUAAAAGAUUUCAUGUUUUAGAUUUUGG